UAUUGAACAUUUUUUUGUGAAUCAUGGGCAAGUGGCUAACGGUGGAGGAGAAGUACCAGCUCAUCGUCAAGCACCGGCGUAACCCGGGGCUGUCCCAGGUGAAGCUGGCGCAAUGGGCUAUGGCCGCCUUCAAUUUGGAACGUGCGCCGUCCGCCAAUACGGUGAAGAAGAUUCUCCUGACGGCAGAAGAGAUCGAAGAGAAACAUCGUCUAGGGGUCACAAAACGAGGUCGCGACGUAGUCAGCCCUGAACUGGAGACGGCACUUAAGAGCUUUGUGGACACCUGCAACGCUGAGAAUGUGCGUCUCUCGCGGAAACUAUUGGUACAAAAAGCACAGGAAAUUGUGGCAGAGCUGCCGCCCGAAAGACGCCCGAAGCUUGGCUUGUCGGUGGGUUGGAUGACCAAUUUUAUGGCAAGGAAUGGAAUCAGAUUCAGAGAAUUUCGACGUCGUAGAGUGGAGGACACUUCAGGACUGGUGGAUAAUGCAGCUGUGUCCACAGAGGGACAACCGCAAAGGACAUUAACCGACGUGACAGACCAUUUAGCGCUGGCACGAAAUACCCCGGGAAGGCAAAUUGUCCGUGUGGACACGACGAUAGAGACCCCAAGAGUGACGGAACUUGUGAGUGGACCAAUACAGAAGACAGUGAUGAUUACGGGGGCGAGUAGAGGCAUUGGACUGGCCUUUGUGAAGCAUUAUACACAGGAAGGAUGGAAUGUCAUUGCGGCCGUAAGAGAUGUGAACACAGCGGACGAGGUGAAAUCAUUAUACCCUUGGAGACUGAUCCCGUUGGAUGUAGCGGAUCAGCAGUCGAUUGAAGAAAUUGCGACGAUGCUGCGAGGAGUGGCGAUCGAUCUGCUAAUUAAUAAUGCUGGUGCGUCUGGACUUUAUAGUCUGAAUGAGACGACUUCGGAGGACUGUUUACGGCAAUUUCAAGUGAAUGCGUUGGGUCCACUGCUAGUGACUCGUGCUCUCCUGCCUAAUCUCCGGUUGGCAGUGAGUGCAAGAGGUUUCUCCUUUGUAGCUCAAGUCACGUCACGCAUUGGCAGCAUAUCGGAUAACAGUUCAGGUGGAGCAUACGCACAUCGAGCAUCGAAAGGUGCUCUGAAUGUGUUUACCAAGAGCUUGGCGAUUGACUUGGAACCGCAAAAGAUCGGAUGCUUGCUGCUGCAUCCAGGCAAUGUGAAUACAGCGUACAACAACUUUAACGGCGCUGUGGAGCCUGAGGAAAGUGUCGAAGGCAUGGUGCGUCUAAUUGAUCGAGCAAAACUUGGAGAUCCUCUGCAACUACUUCACUUUGGGAAGGGUGACAUCAUCGACUGGUAGACUUUACGUUUUAUUCCGUUUGUAUAGUAGUGUAGCUUGUUAUCCAGUCCUGCAUAGCUCGAGGCAUCUCCAUAGCCUUUUGCUCAAUAUCAUCCCACAAGAGCAGCUUCUUCUCGUUUCUCGCUUUCCUCGUCAUCUCGGCCAUCGUGCCAUAUCUCUCCAGCAGGUGGUCCAGGAAUUCCUGCGGUGGCUUCACGUGGUGAUGGCCCACGUAGUGCCAAUAUCCCUCAGGCCAGCAGUAGAUCCCAUCGGUCAUCGUACACGCACCC